AAUUAUGAUUUUUAUCUAAAUCUAAACGUUUUCGUAUCAGAUUUUACUGAUUUUUAUAAGAUAUAUCGAUAUUGAUAAUGGUAGUUCUAUCAAUUAAUCUCACGGCGUGGGGUUGUAUAAAUUAAUAAUAUUAGCCAUUAAUCAAAGUAGAAUAUUGUUGGUGUUACAAGAAACAUGUACAAGUAUUCGGCUGUUCUAAUACUGGCGCUGUUGGUUGCAACAGAGGGCCAUGAUUUUGUUGCCCAGAGCCAAUUCCAUUCUCAAGCCAGGAAUGCCGUCACUCGUAACUGGGAAGGCCUUGGUCUAACAGCAGAUAUCAACGCAUACGUCGACAGCAUGAUUGAUACAUUGGUUCCGUUCAUGAUAAAACAUGACCUUGAUCCUUUAAGUAUUCCCGACAUCGAAGAGACUUUUGAAGUUAGACCAGUCCUUAUUACCUAUAGAGCGAGUUUGGGUCUUACUAAUGGCAAAAUGAGCGGCUUAGUAAACGUGGCUCGUUCAGGAGAUCAGUUGGUGCAUUACUUCGCAAAGAUGUUGCGUGCCCAGGCCAAAUUUAAAUUUACCGAUCUUGAGUUCGAUUUCGAUUAUCGCGUGAAAGUAAUGAACAUCGGACCUACUGGUCGCAUCAGGGGUUCUUUGUCUCAAUUCGUUAUAAAUGUUGAUCUCAUCAUCGACUUCAACAACGAUGAGAUUCAUCUUCAAGAGCUUUAUCUAACUGACGUUGGUGUUAUUCGAGUGAGCCUUUCUGGAAACAUUCUCUACGAUUGGUUGGUGACUCCUUUGGCAAAUGUGUUUGUGCGUCUUUUCGAUAAUGUCAUCAUGGGAUUCGUUGAAACCACUGUUAAAAGCAUUGCUGGUUCCGCUAUUGCUGAUGUCAAUGUCAACUUGAAACAAGUAAUCCGCGAUCUCGAAGCAUUGAACAAUUGAUUAAUGUGAUUCAAAUAGGAGUCUUUGAAAUAAUUAAAUGCUGAAAAUAAAUCAUACAGACAAGAUAUAAA